AAUUUUGCUAUACAACCACAAAUAGUUUAGGCUGGUUGAAAGAUCUAUGUAUCCAGAAUAGCCAGUUGUAAAUUGGUGACCCGCCCUCACCUUUCUCAUUGGAUGGGGGCGUGACCUUUCACUUCCCAACCUGGAUAUCAAGGGUCCAGACAACUGGGAAGAUGUAUGCCUUUGGGGACCAAGCUGCUUGGGAGGUAUAUGUCGUUAUUCUUCCGUUCCCCCGGAACAGGACUCAUAUAAUAUCCUUCUGUAGGUGAUGUAUGUAGGUUUCUGUAUUUUUAUCCCUUUUUAUUUUAUAACUGUUUGCUGCCUUGUAUGUUAUUUGUAAUUGUAUCUGAUCUUUUUAUAUUUUAUGCACUGUCCACUUUGGACUAUUAAAUCUACAAUUUAAAAGAGUUUGUCUUUGCUGCUCUAAAUGAACCUUUGACCUGAAGAGAAGUGUGUAUGUCCAAUGUAUGCUAACCCCUCUUGCUAGUUAGAAGGAACGUUGUGCAUGUUUUAUCCUUUAUCUGCGGGUGUGGGAGUUUUGUGGACUGUUGAUUGCCUUAACCUGUCUGCUGGAGUGAAUGUCAUAGUGCUUAGCUAGAAAGCAUAGUGGGAUAAGCCUCUAGUAAGUGUCAGAGUGUCAAGAGUCGGGUGCUUGCGGCCCUUAAGCGCGGUGGUGGCAGCUUUGAAGUUUUGGCAUGUUGGGACUGUUUGGGUGUGACUGUGUGUGAGUUCUGCACAGGUUAGCAAGGAACUGCGUGGGCCUUUACAGUUGCAUGCUGUUUCACAUGAGUCUGUGGUGGCGUCCGUGACAAUUGGUGGCAAAAAGCGGUGGGAUAUUUUUAUUUUAGAGCAUUAGUGCUUGGGUUAUCUAAUUAACCCUUACACUAAAGGAUUGCAUCCUUGCGAGGAUAACCAGUCCUCAAAGAUAAAACUCAGUGCAUAUUUUAUUUUUGAAAAACAUACAAGCAAACAGUUUCCCCUUUCCCCGUUUUUCUUUUCUAUCUUUUAUUUUGCUAGUGUUGAGUAAUAUGGCAACCUCUUACAAAAGACAGAGCAAGGAAGCUCUUGUCGACCUCUGUGAGCAGAGAGGUAUUGAUACGUUGUCUAAAUCAAAGGAAAUGCUAAUUUGUGCAUUGCUGGAGGAUGAUCAGGAACAGCAGAACCACACACCUGAGUUGGGGAACUCUAUGGCUCGAGCUACCCCAGAGAUCAACUCUGUCCCUGGAUCCUUCUCGAGUGAUGAUACCCGCAGCAAAGCAGUACAGGGAGACAGGAAUUCUACCCUGCAACAAGCUCUAGAAUUAUUGGGCUCAGAUGACCCCCAACUGCGUCUCCAGCUGAUCCUCCAAUAUCAGCAGGCGGAAGCAGCAGAGAGAGCAGCAGAGAGAACAGCAGAAAGGGAAGCAGCAGAGAGAGCAGCAGAGAGAACAGCAGAAAGGGAAGCAGCGGAGAGGACCUCAGAGAGGCAACUCCAACUGGAAUUAGCCAAACUCCAACAGCAGCCGCUAUCCACGCAGUCCAGUGAGCCCAGGGAAGUUCCUUUUGUUCUACAGCCCUCUGCCAAGUUCCCUGUCAUGGAUAAGGACAGUGACUUGGAUACUUUUUUGCAAAGUUUUGAAAAGACUUGCAGGCAAUAUCAAUUGCCCCGGGAGCAGUGGGCCAGACAUUUAACACCUGGAUUAAAAGGCAAAGCUCUAGCUGCCUUUGUGGAACUUCCACCUGAGCUAGAUGGAAACUAUGAUGAACUAAAAAAGGCUCUCAUUAAAAAAUAUAAUCUCACACCAGAAGUAUACCGGCGAAAGUUUAGGGCAUUGCAUAAAGAGCCCAUGGACAGUUACUCGGAUGUAGUGAGCAGUCUCAGGACUACCUUUCAUCAGUGGAUUAAGGGGCUUUCCAUUGAAACCUUAGCUGAUCUGGAAGAUUUGAUGGUGAGGGACCAGUUCCUACACAUCUGCCCUGCAGAGCUGCGCCAAUUUGUGGUAGAUCGAGAGCCUAAGACAGCAGACAAGGCUGCAGAGAUCGCUGAUACCUAUGCUGCUAGCAGAGUUCCCGACAGCCGCAAAUCAUCUUUCCAUAGCUGGAAACCCAGGAAAGCAGAUGUUAACCUGUCUAUGCCCCCAAGUCUUUCAACACAGCAUGCCAAGUCCAGUGAAAGUUCUUCUUUAGGUGGGGCUAGUGCCAACGUGGAUCAUGGAGACACCCGCAGAUGCUUUUCCUGCCACCAGGUGGGCCAUGUGAGGUCCGCCUGCCCGAACCAAAAGGGAGCAACCACACCUGUCCAACCUGUGGUAAUGUUUGUGUCUGGUAAGGCUGAGAAUUUAUCUCAUCACAUGCAGCCUGUGAUUGUGGGUAACAAAGUGACUCAGGGACUAAGGGACUCAGGGUCUAAUUUUUCUCUUGUGCGUCCAGAGAUUAUUAACACUGGGGACAUUAUUCCUGGGAAGACUUUGUCUGUGAAGGGGGUGGGUGGAAGCCACCCAAAGGUGCCUGUGGCAAAGGUUCACUUGGAUUGGGGUGUGGGAAGAGGUCUAAGGGAAGUAGGGGUGUCCAAUGAAAUUCCAGUUGAUGUAUUGCUGGGGAAUGAUUUGGGAAGUAUGCUCUCUGCUUUUGUGCCCAAUGACCAGGUCUCACUAGGUCCAGCCGCGCUGGAGUGUGGCCACACGCCUCAAUCAGUAACUGCCACCAGUAAAGUAAAGCAAAGUAGCUGGGAGGGAGGACUGGGAGACAGACAAGUCCAUUUCCCAGUGCCUGAACCAGUAGUGUCCCAAGGUGGGGAUAGGAUGGGAGAGGGAAAGGAGAGGUUUCCCCUAGGUGUCUCCCUAGUACAAUCAGGUAGUGUACCUGUGGAGAGGGGUUUCCAGAGUGGGAUCCCUGAUCCUGUACCCAAACUGCCUGAGGUCUUGAGUGGGGUCAGAGGACAGGCCAGACUCAGGAGUGAGUGCAGGAGUGUGGGGGACAGGUGGUUAGGACACAGAGCAAGGUCCUUGUAGAUAGUAGCACUCAGACUGGAGACAGUAAUGGUAGUGGGGAGCUUGGUCUAGCUCUAGUACCAGAACCAGUACUGGGAGGGGGGCAGGUAGUCAGAGUCAAGGAAGGAUUCCUGACAGUACCAGUGCCAGUUGUUGCUCCCAGGACAGCUAACAACAAGACAGUUGGCCCAGAGGUGCAGGACAUGUGGGUAGAGCCCAAUACUUUAUGCUGGUCUAGGACUAAGCAAGUCAAGGGAGCCCAAGAGGGCAUAACAUGGGUAGAAGGCUGCCAAUCAGUGUCCAAGCCUAGGCCCAAGGAACGGGGGACUAGAGACAGGCAGGAGGAUCCCAUGGGCAAGGGGCAAAUAGCAGAGACAGAAGAGAACCAAGUAGGAGAAAAAGGCCAGGUGCCUAUGGUGGGAAGUUACAGUUUGUGGCCUAGAACCCAAGGCAGAGGCUGUAACAACAAGGAAGGUUUGAGCAGUGUACCUCCAUUUUACUCCUCCAGUGCCUUGGAUCCAGCUGACAAAGAUCCCAAGGAAAAGGAUUUUAGGCCCAAAAGGUAAAAUAAUCCCUUAUGUUGUUCAAUAGAAUAUGACGUUUUGGUAUUGACCCCAAUCUGUUUAAUGGUUUAGUGUAUAUUGUAGUCCCAAGGUUAUUAUUUGGGGGCCCUGUCCACUCAUGAAAGAGGAGUGCUCCUGGUAAUGUUGAGGGCCUAUCAUGUCAAACAGAACUAAUGGAGCACCAGCGCAACAGAAAUUAACUUGUAGAAGUCACUUUCCUUGCGCUGAGUUAAUGGGGGGAGAUGUCAUGAUGGAACAGUAAGUUCCAGCAUAGAAAGGGUUGGGUUUUCCACUUUCUCCCAAUUCAAUAAGCCUUCUUCUAGAAUCCACAUUUUGAGGAAACCUCACAGUAGGGGGUAAUUCACAAAUACCCACUAAAUGUCAUAAGGACAGACUGUCUGGCUAGGGGACUGAUAACACAAUUAUCAUACCUGUGCUAUAGUGGAGUGGUCUUGUCUCGAGGCAGAUUUAAAGGUAAUAUUGGUUUAUGCUCAUAACAUAAAUAUCAUCUAAUACAGAUAUAAAUCAUUGCACCCAUUACUUACCUUAUAGCUAGGACUUCUCGAGGAGUCCAAACACGCCCAUAUUAUUAUGAUCCCUCCCAGUGUUACCCGAUAUUCUGAUAAGGCCAGAAUAAUGUGUGUUGGUCUUGGGGUGUUUGGUCUCUAUGAAAAGAGAAUUAAAUUUCCUACCUGGUACUCAUAGUUUCAUAAUUUUGCUAUACAAGGCUGGUUGAAAGAUCUAUGUAUCCAGAAUAGCCAGUUGUAAAUUGGUGACCCGCCCUCACCUUUCUCAUUGGAUGGGGGCGUGACCUUUCACUUCCCAACCUGGAUAUCAAGGGUCCAGACAACUGGGAAGAUGUAUGCCUUUGGGGACCAAGCUGCUUGGGAGGUAUAUGUCGUUAUUCUUCCGUUCCCCCGGAACAGGACUCAUAUAAUAUCCUUCUGUAGGUGAUAUAUGUAGGUUUCUGUAUUUUUAUCCCUUUUUAUUUUAUGACUGUUUGCUGCCUUGUAUGUUAUUUGUAAUUGUAUCUGAUCUUUUUAUAUUUUAUGCACUGUCCACUUUGGACUAUUAAAUCUACAAUUUAAAAGAGUUUGUCUUUGCUGCUCUAAAUGAACCUUUGACCUGAAGAGAAGUGUGUAUGUCCAAUGUAUGCUAACCCCUCUUGCUAGUUAGAAGGAACGUUGUGCAUGUUUUAUCCUUUAUCUGCGGGUGUGGGAGUUUUGUGGACUAUUGAUUGCCUUAACCUGUCUGCUGGAGUGAAUGUCAUAGUGCUUAGCUAGAAAGCAUAGUGGGAUAAGCCUCUAGUAAGUGUCAGAGUGUCAAGAGUCGGGUGCUUGCGGCCCUUAAGCGCGGUGGUGGCAGCUUUGAAGUUUUGGCAUGUUGGGACUGUUUGGGUGUGACUGUGUGUGAGUUCUGCACAGGUUAGCAAGGAACUGCGUGGGCCUUUACAGUUGCAUGCUGUGUCACGUGAGUCUGUGGUGGCGUCCGUGACAUAUGGAUUUUGAAAAUAUUACGUAAGAAAAAGUGAGAAGUUUUGACAGUGCUGUUGAUAUGAUCUGAGAAAGAGAGAGGAGUCAAAGAUUAUCCCCCAGACAGUGAGCUGAGUAGACAGAGUUAAUGAGCAUGUCAUCAAUAGAUAUAGUAAAUAGGAGCAGGCUUAGGUGGAAA